AUGGAUCCAAAAAUCACAGAAAAAAAUGUUGAGUUCGGGACACUUUCCUCUAACCAGUUGGACUCUCUUACUUCUAUUUGUGAUGCUUUUUUACCUUCAAUUCAUCAUAUUAAUUCAUAUGAAGAAGGCAAUAUUGAUGAUGAUUCUUUCAUUAAGUUCCUCCAAACUUCAGCCUCCAUGAAUGAAACUCCUCUACAUAUGGCAUGGAUGAUAAGCAAUAGAUUGCAAUAUCCUAGGCUGCACUUGUGCAAAUUAGCACUAUGGCUAUUAUCAACAAGGAUUGGAACAUUUAUACUUUGUGGUAAAGCAAGUUUGUCAAGCCAAUUUCCAUAUUUACAAAGUUUUUCAAAGAUUUCACCAAACAAAAGAGAAGAAAUUGUAAAAUCAUGGGCAACAAGCUGUUUCAAACUCCUAAGGAUUCUCUUUUUUGCCAUGAAAAUACUGGGUCUCCUAGUAUUCUUCACUCAGGUGAAUGAGGAAAGUCAGAAUCCAUCAUGGAAAGCAAUUGGUUACUCUGGACCUGAUCCAGAUAUUAAGAAGCAAAAACAAGAAAACAUGGACUCUAAGAAAACGGAUGAUCAACCAUUUGGACCACUUUAUGAAGGAAUCAUUAAUCUAAAAAAUUCACAGAAAAUAACAUUUGAGAGGUUACAAAAACUAGGAUUUUUUGUGUCUAAACCUCAUAAUUUCAAUAACACGACAGAGUGCCCUGCCUUCAUAAUUGAAUGUGAUGCUGUGGUGGUUGGUUCAGGUUCUGGUGGUGGAGUUAUAGCUGGUAUUCUUGCAAAUGCUGGACACAAAGUGCUUGUUCUAGAAAAAGGAAGUUAUCUUGCAAGAACAAAUCUUUCACUUCUUGAAUGGCCUUCAAUGGAUCAAACUCCACAACAUGUACUUAAAGAAUGGUCCGAAAGCUACAAACUCAAAUUGUUUCAAAGUGAAUUCUACAAAGGGGCUAUGAAGAUUGUGUGUGCAAAAAUGGGAGUUCAGUGUGAAAUUGAAGAUGAAGGGUUCCAAAACAUGAUUUUGAGAAAAGGGUGUCAAGAAUUAGGGUAUCCUGUGGAAACAAUCCCUACGAACGCGCCCUCAGAUCAUUACUGUGGAUGGUGCAGCUUGGGUUGCAAAGAUGGGAGGAAAAAAGGCACAGCUGAGACAUGGCUAGUCGAUUUGGUGAAAUCAGGUAAUGGUGCAAUACUUCCUGAAUGUGAAGCCUUGGAAGUGAUCCAUGAAGAAAAAAAUGACAAUUCAGGAAAACGUAGAGCCAUUGGAGUUGCUUUUGCAUUUCAAAAUAUUAAAGGGAUGAGAGAAAUUUGUAUGGUGAAAUCAAAAGUCACAAUAGUAGCUUGUGGUGCUCUUAGCACCCCUUCAUUGCUCAAGAGGAGUGGCUUAAAGAAUCCAAAUAUUGGCAGAAACUUACACCUCCAUCCAGUCGUUAUCGCCUGGGGAUACUUUCCAGAUUUUCAACCAAUAUCUAAUGAAAUAUGGCCAGAGGCAGAGAAGAAAAGUUAUGAAGGAGGAAUAAUGACAGCAAUGUCUAAAGUCGUGGCCAAUUUCGAAGGAUCAGGAUAUGGUGCAAUCAUACAGACACCGGGAUUGCACCCUGGCAUGUUUUCAGCACUAAUGCCAUGGGUUUCAGGGCUAGAUAUCAAGAUGAGGAUGAGCAAAUAUUCAAGAACGGCAUAUAUCUUCACGUUGGCAAGAGACAUGGGAUCAGGGGAAGCAUUUUCACCAUAUUCAAUAACUUACAAGUUGGAUCAAAUUGAUGAAGAAAAUCUAAAAGUAGGCCUAGAGAAGACACUAAGAAUCUUGGCAGCUGCUGGUGCAGAAGAGAUUGGAACUCAGCAUGGAAAAGGGAGGAGUUUGAAGGUUAAAGAAGCAAAUUUGGAGGAGUUUGAGAGGUUUGUGAAAGAAGAAAGUUCAAGAAGAAUUGAAAAGCAUUCAGUUCCUAUAUGUUCAGCACAUCAAAUGGGAAGUUGUAGAAUGGGAAUUGAUCCAACAACUUCAGUGGUUAAUUCCAAAGGCGAAGCGUGGGAAGUAGAAGGUAUGUUUCUUGGUGAUUCAAGUGUCAUUCCAACUGCUAUUGGAGUGAAUCCAAUGGUCACAAUUCAGGCCAUUUCUUAUUGCACUGCACAAUCUGUGCUUCAAAUUAAAAGUUGGUGUAAAUAUUGUUUUUACAAAUAUUGUUUUUACAACUUCAACUUCAGCAUGAAGAAUUGUUUUUCCAAAUAUUGA